ACUUGGCACUUGCCACUUGUCAGUCGGCAGAGUUUCUUAUCUCGUUUCUCCACCAUUCAACUUUCAUACUCGCUGCUUCCACAAAACAAGAAGCCCCCUCUCCAUGUUCAUUGUCUUCCACCUAUUUCUUCAUACUCUAGAGAGAGAGAAAGAAGAGAGAAAAUGGCAGCUUUUGCAGGCUGCUUACAACAUGGGGCACAGCCAUCACUCCAUCUUCAGCAGAUCAUGCAGCUACCACCCAGAAAAAUGAUGAUGGUACUGGGAGGUAAAUACAGUAAAACCACUUCCUCCUCCAGCAAAAGUGCUGGGAGGGUGAGGUGUAGUAGCGAGAUAGGAAUAGGAGACUUCAUAGGAGGAGAUUUGCUUAAGUUGGAUCUUGGGCGUUGGCUAUCAGACGUGGAAGAACACAGAGCCCUUGCCAUAUACACUCCACACGAAGGAGGGUAUGAGGGUCGCUACUUCACUCGCCUCAGAUACCAGGGCUACUACUUCCUUGACCUCACUGCUCGUGGCCUUGGUGAUCCUGAAAACACACUCACCAAAGUCCAUCCUGUUUGCCCCGCUCAUGUAGGAAAACAGCCGAUAGCACGUUGGUAUUUCCCACCAGAAGUAGAUUAUAGGCUUGAUGCACUGCCACCGGAUGCUAAAGGACUCAUUGUCUGGGUGAUAGAAGCCAAGGUUCUCUCCAAGUCAGAAUUGCAGUUUCUAGCCUUGCUUCCCUCGCUGCGCCCUAAAGUCAGAGUCAUUGCAGAAUGUGGAAACUGGAGAAAAUUCAUGUGGAAGCCACUCAAGGAAAUUGCAGGUCUAACAACAGCAGAGGGACCAUGAUAACACGAAGCAAAGCAAGAAAGCAGAAUAUUUUCAUCACCUUUGGCAUCUGAAGCCUGAAGGAACUCCUACACGUACUGCAGGGAAGAAAGAAAAAGCUAAUUCAUUGAAAGUGAUACAGAUUUUUGUACAGAUUUUCAAUGUCCUCCUAGUUCUUUGAAAAGAAAUAUGGCUGCAGAAAAGAAAAAACUUAGCCAUGAAUUCCAAGCAA